CCACUUUUCUUCUUGAGCUGACCAUUUUAUAUCCAAAUUAAUGUUUUGCAAGAGAGUAUUCAAGCCGUUAGCACAUUGUUCGCUUUUCUGCAAAGCACAAUAACCUGAAACUCUCGAAGGCUGCACAGAUUCGCAAACUAAACGCUUUGUCGGUGAUAGUUUUCAUACAACAAGGCCUACAACUGCUUAUCGGCGAACGCUGAGCCGACGAUUGGAUCAGGCUACAAACAAAACAAUUCUUAACUGCUUCUGCUGCUAGCCUAUAGAUCAAUCAAGUUUACAACCUCGACUCUUGACGAAGGCUGCAGUUGGAGGGGUGCAGAACAACCUUCAUUUAUUACGGAAUUUUCUGCCGUUUGUUUGUGUUUUCUCUAAAUUGCCCGAUUUCUUCCUUCACAAUGAUACUUUUUUGUAUACUGCAUUAAAAAAACACAGCUCAAGGAUACACCUAGUUAAAGCGUCAUGGCUUGUGCUCUGGAAAAGUCACCGGGGACUCCACCUCAGCUGAGUCAGGUGAAGCUGUUUGUCACCUCAUACAAUGACGAGUUCUAUGCUGAAAGGGACAUGAUACGGAAAGAGGUUUUACCGGUGUUGAGGUCAUGGUGUGAGAAGAAGAAAUUAACCGUGGUGGAAAACUUCAUUAAAUGGGGUGGUCGUCAUCCUGACCAAAGAAAUGUAGCAGAGUUGGAGAGGCUUCAAACAAGCAUUGAAAACUGCUACUUCUCCAGUGUUAUGCCCAUAUUUAUCAACUUCACAAGCUCUUCCCUGGGCUGGGUGCCCAUGUGGGGGGAAUACUCCGAGGAAGUGGUGGAGGAUUAUCAGGAGGCAUACGGCUUGCUCUACGAGGACCUGGAACUGUUGUCAGGGGCCUUCAGGGAGGACAAUCUGAACUCUAUCUACCUUUCCAGAGAUGACUCUUUUGUUGCCAAUCUUUCGGAGGAGGUGAAGUCCAGCUUUAUUCGUGGCAGUUCUGCUUCACAGAAGAUCUGUGGGCCCAACGACAAGAUCUCACACAAAUUUCCACCACAUCGAGUGGUCUCCUACACUGCAGAAUUCCGGGGUGUUGACCCAAAGAAAAGGCCCAUACUCAAAUUUCCAGAAGAUUUAAAACAGAAGGUUAUUGAUUUUGUACAGCAGCGGAUCGCCUAUGAUUACUGUGGAGAGGACAGGUUGCUUGCAAGUCAUCCUGAUGAAUAUGCAAAGACAGCCCACUUGGAAUUUCUCCAGUCCAAGGGAAGAAGUGUCCUGGGCAGAGACAACAUAGUGCAGCAGGUGGAGAAUUAUGUGAUGAAAGAAGAGCGAGAUGUGCCACUGAUUCUUUUAGGUGCUUCGGGUUCAGGAAAAACUUCAGCAAUGUGUCUGGCCACUCGCACCCUGCUCAACAAAGUGGAAGGAGGAGAACUCUGUGCCCCAGGAGACAAGAAGGGUAAGUGGAGGGUGUUUUACCAUUUCGUCGGAGCGGUGCCGGGCUCAACUUCACUGGAGCAAAUGCUGAAGCGGUUGUUACGGGAAACUGGCAUGACUAAAAAGACCUCCAACUGCGCUAAAGAUCUCGACUCAGCAGCACAGAUGUGUUGCAGUAUGCUGUCCAACCUCAACACGGAACCCCUAAUUCUGUUCCUAGAUGCUGCUGAUCAAUUUACCAAAGAGCACGGAGCUAGGAUAAUCAGUUGGGUGCCCAGGAAGUUGGCCCCACAAGUUCGACUGGUCGUGGCCAUGGUUACAGAUUCUGAGGUGCACAAGGCCUUGCUGAGCAGAGAGACCAAACCGCUAGAGAUUGUGGUCACUCCUUUGGAUAACACGUCGAAGCAGGGAAUUGUGGAGCAGACUCUGCUUCAGUACACGCACUCGGCGCUGACCACACGGCAGAUGCACAGUCUGCUGGAUAAACCGUCGUCGGAGAACCCUCUCUGGCUGACCUUGGCCUGCCUGGAACUGAGGCUGGUGGAGGGAGAGGAGGCGGUCACCGAGAAGAUUGACCUGCUCCCUGAUAGUUUGCUGUUGUUAUUCGACCAACUUUUGCACCGACUGGAAACAGGCAAAGAGGGAGACCUGCUUGUUGGUACUCUGUGCCUGCUGGAAACAUCAGCAGCCGGGCUCAAUGAGACGGAAUUGCGGCAGUUACUGGCAGAUGAUACUGCCAUCAAGCCACCCUCUCCUUUUGAAGAAAAAGAGGAGACAGAAAGCAGAGAAAAGGACAACAACAAGGAGAAAGGAGUUCUGAGUGAAGAGAGAUGGCAGCUUGUGUUCCAGACGCUGCAGCCUUUCGUCAGACCGUACGGGGACAGUCGAGAGGGAAGGCUGGACUUCUACCACAGAGCUCUCAGCAAGGCUGUGAAGAAACGGUACUUGACAGUGUCCUCUGAGGAUGACAAAAACGGUACAGGAAAGACAGAGAAGUCCAGCAAUUACUUUUUUUGGCACUCCAAGUUGGCUGAUUUUUUUCGCUUCCACCCUGACAUGACACGAAUGGUGGAAGAGUACCCGCACCAUCUGGCAUGUCUGGACGACAAGUUUCACCUCUUACAUUGUCUCUGUGACUGGAGAGUUUUCGACCGGCUUUACCAGGAGGAGUACAGCUCUCAGCUGAUGGCCUACUGGAGAAAGAUUGGCCCUAUCUCAGAAAUGAUCUCAAGUUAUGAAGCAGCUCUGAAAAAUUUUGAGGAGGCAGACUCUGCAAAUGAAGCAGCCGUAUCGUUGAGAUAUGAGAAAGUUUGUCGGGUCACAAUUCAAGCUGGGAAGCAUCAGGAUGCCUUGGAACUGUUGAAAACAGCAAUGAAGAUAGAGGAGAAAGAGCUUGGGGCAAGACCUCAUCGCAUGGUGGAACUCUACGCCCUAAUGUCAGAGAUCUACGAUGAGAAAUUGAAGCUGAAUGACUUCGUCUCAAGAAGUCAGUUGCCUGAUUUGAGGAAAACCAUCCAUUAUGCCAAAAAAUCAAUCCACAUUAGAAAAACCUUACCUGGACCCUACCACAAGUACAAGCUGGGCAUGUCUCUCAUGCGUCUCGCCUUCAACAUGAAGAGCUGGGAGGCCUCCGGGGGCGGGUCGGAGCUCUCUGGUCCUGACGCUGUUGUCGAGGGAAACAAGUACAUCGACCGUGCCCUUAAGAUAUUCAUGGAGCUCAAUGACAUGGGCCAUUUUGCUGAAGCAUUGAUGACCAAGGGAGUCCUGGCCCCAAGAGGCAGCAUGGAACAACUGAAGUUGUACAAUCAGGCGAUGGAGCUGUGUAUGCAGAUGUACGGAGAGCUUCACAUCCUCACCUCACGGCUGUACAUUAACAUCGGUAUUGUUUAUGAGGACAACAAGGACUACAAGAGGUCUUACCAGUACUUCAAGAAGUGGGCUCGACUCAGUGAGGAGAUAAUGGGCCCCGACCACCCGAAGACGCUGCGGGCCAAAGGAGUGCUGCGGGAGUCUCGGUAUCGACGGAUCGCCAUGGAACUCGGAGAAUGGGUGGAGGAUGAUGAACAAUUCCAGGAGCCUGAUGAAGAGGAGGAGAGGUCAGAGGCCUGCGAGAUGGAGCACAGCUAUGACGACACUGUAAACAACAUUCUCAUCGUGAGUCAGGACGAGACGUCGUUAGAAGCAGCGCUGCGUGGUGGGAGUUCUUCGACAGGCGGAGGAGACACCCCAGCUGCUACGACAGCUGCCGGAGGAUCUGCAUCAGAACCGGCUCUGCCCUCCCCUUCCUACAAUAUCGUCCCUCUGCUUCCCAGCUCUUAUAUGGGUUCAGUAGGAUAUCUGAAUUUGCCAUCUCCUGCUUCGGACAGCCUCAGAGGGGCAGCAGGUGAUUCCCGUUGGCAGCGCAACUCUCCGCGAGACUCCUCGAGUUAUUUGAGGUCUCGCCUGGAGAGGAGCAACGCCAUCCGCCGUGGUGGUCCUACCCCCGACCAGGCUAAUCUUAUUCAGCAGCUGGGCGAUCUGAGAACCAUCAACAGCCGGCCAGGUCCUCAGGAUUCUGCAUUACCCUCUGAACCUUCACCUGCAGACAGCAACCAACGAGCGACUGCCAGCAGGAGUCUAGUCUACUGGUUCGACAACCUGAUCCAUGAGCUGACGCAGACUCGCAUAAGUGGAGGCUCUAGAUCUGAUGCUGCUGCUCUGACAGACUCCCCAACCUCCACCGCUAGCCCUUCCUCUCAAGGGCAGCAGGACAACAACCCUAGGUCUGCCCUUUAUGGACGUUUGCUGGAGGCGAAUACUCUGAGAGCCUCGACUGGACUUAUUCCAGAAGGUUCUUCUCCUGUCCCAGACUGUGAUAUUGGGGGCUUAUCUGCUGGCCACCUCCACGCCCCCAACACCAGAAGGGAGGCAGUGGGCCUGUACUCACCGGACACCGAGUCAUCGAUCAGAGAACAUGAAUCUUUCAACAGGUACAUUUCUAGAGGGCACCACCAGCCUCUGAGGAUCCCAGAACAAGUUGAGAACCGUGCAGAGGUAUCUCUCACUCCUAACAGCUCCGGGGAGAGUUUAGGUCAGGUGUUUGCUAAUGGCUACGUCCCCAGUGACAAUGAGGAAAACGAAGAAGAUAGUGACUCAGACCGUGAGGGUCAUUCUGACAGUGAGAACUUUUACGACGACAAUUUCGAGGACUACGACGAACACUACAUCAUCUCUGGAGAUGGGGAUGUCGUUGCGGACGAGUUUGCUGUCAAUGUUGAUGAGGAGGAGCAGGAAAUCCUUGAGCUGGGCUCAGGAGAAGACGUGGAUAACCGAUUCGCUAGUGCAGAUUUGGCUGAGCAGAGGUUCUCUGAUAACGUCACGAUGGACAAUAGGUUUGCAAGUGAUGACGAGGUGUACAAUACUGUUGAUCGUUUGGAAGAAGAACGUUGUAGUGAAAGUGCCAGUGGUUGGGAACAUGGAGAAGGCAAUGAGGCUGAGCUGGUCGGUGCUAACAGAGACUUGUUUAGAUCGUAACGAUUGUCCACCAAUCUUUUAAGAAUGAAAAAGAAACGGACACAAAAAUGUAGCAAACUACGGCUAUUUCACAGGUUUAUUAAUGCUAACAUAGCAGCUUGUGAAAGGCGCUUAUUUUUGCAUCCAUAAAUUCUCAGCUUUCUCAGGGCCGUAAGAGUACUUUUUACAGAUGACAAGUUGAAGAAUUGAAAUUCUCAAUAGUAUAAUUAUUUCUCUCAUGCCAUUUCAGUACCGUAUUGAAGAGUGUGAUAUGUUUGCACUGAGCGGACAUUGUUUGCACUGAGCGGACAUUGUUUGCUCUCAUAUCCGGUCAAAGAAAAACCGUAUGUUCUAUUGUUUGAUUGAAUGUUGAAGCUGAGCAGGACCUCAUGUGAGCCAAAGCCUUUGUUGCAGGGAUAUCACAGAAAUGGGAUGUCUGCAAUACCUAGUUUACUGAAGAUCUGUGAAGAUUACCUUGGUCCCCAGUACGUAUGUUAACAUUACUUUGAAAUGUUGAUGUAGAAGGAGCGGGAUCUUCCCCAACUACUGAAGUCUCAUGAGUACAGAAGCAUUCUAUAUAUAUUUUUUUUCUUCUGAGCACCUCAACAGUCGGUAUCAGCAUUGACAGACGACUGUUUCUGCCUGCUUCUACUGUGAUGCGGUACAGGACAAAACCUUUCCUUCACUCUGGUCCCAAGCGCGUUUGUCUACCUGUAAGUCGAAGCGAUUUGUGGUAACUUGUUGUUAUGGGUAGAAAUAAACCUCAUCGAACACAAGGCCAACAUAUCAAGAGAACUGUUCGUGUGCGCUCAUUGAUAUGCAUAUAUGCGUGUUGUUAUCCCUGACUGUCCCUGAAACGUUCCCUAUAGUUGGUGUUACCAGUAGCAAUAUAUUCCUGUACAGUUGGUAAAUUGCCUUGUCCAUUGUAUUUGCUGACCGAGUUGUGGAUUUUUUUUCCCUCAAAUGCCCUAAGAUUACCAUGACUUAAUCAACUGUUGGCAUUUGUUAAUUUAUUCUUUAACUUACUUGUGUGAAAUGUUCAUUGUAGACAAACCAUGUGAUUCAGCGCUAACACUUUCACAAAUUUUGAAUUGAGUUCUAUUGGCAUUCUGAGAUAGGCAAUGUGGUUGCGUACAAUGUCGUCCUUGGUGAAAACUCUUCAAGCAAAUAAUACACAGCAGCAAAAGCCAAUACCACUUCUUGAAGACAUGGAUCAGUUUUAUGCUUAUCUUUUAUCUUUCAUCGUUUGACACAAAGUUCUUCCACGUCCAGUGUUGCGAGAUGACCACAUUUAUUUUAUAUUGUUUUUGGUUGGAUACUAAUUUUCCUUGGAAUUAUUGCUCAUGGACGUUAUGCAUUGUAGA